UGUUCAGUCACAUUCUACUCGGUGCUGGUUAAAGUUCACAGAUUAACGCCCCACAUUUAAGGGCAAAAAGUGAAGUAGUUUCUUUUAGUCGACGUACAAAGGGAAACGAUUAAACUUAUUUAACUGCAGCGUGUUCAAAUCUCGCGCAACAGCGGAUAUUUCGCUUUUACUUUAAUGUAAUUUAUCGGGUUGCAGCGUCUGAUUAAACACUCGAGAUUUCACGACUGUUGCACGUACUUAGAUCAGUGAUGGAGGAGGGCCUAGGGCACCCUGUGGCUAAGAAGACUAAAGAGGAGUCUGGUAGUGUCCUUCUCACCUACUUCCAAGGAGACAUCAGCAGCAUGGUGGAUGAACAUUUCUCCCGUGCUCUGAGUCAAGCAAAUAAACCGAGGGAGGAAUGCUCCAAAAUCAAAAGAAACCGUAAAGUUGCUCAAUCAAAUGGACUUUCAAGUCAAUGGGAAGCAGAGUCACAAACCAGGUUUCAGCCCUUGUUUCCUCCAGAACAUCUCCGGCAAGGAACAAGCAGCGAGUCUCACUCAAACCAACAAAUGCCAUCAAAUCACCCUGCAAACAGUGCUAUUCUGUGGUCAGGGGAUUCUAGGCAGGGAUUGAGUGUCAUUUUGCCCCCCAUGAUGUACCCCUCGGCUGCAUCCUCUGAUGGUUUGAUGGUGGCAGAACAUCGGUACUCUAAUUCUCUGUUAAAUUUCCUCCACAACGAUCACUCUGACUUGGGUACAGUGGUGCUACCCUCCUCCAAACAAGACCUUACGCCUGGAUGGACCAAGUAUCCUGGAUUUGGCAAUCAGAUGACUGAUAUGAAUCUUAACUCUGGUGUACAGGUGGUUGAGAAAAAGGAUCGUUUUUGGUAUUAACAAUGUUAUUUGAGAUUGAAAAGGAAGAACAAAGAAGUCUUUCACUCUUUCGUUUUAACUGAAAAAGUGACUAAUGGACUUUGCAAUGCUUCACCUGGAGGCGUCUGUACAUCCAACCUGUUCAGAAACAAGCUCUUCAUGUACCACAGCACAGAAGAAGAUUGUACAAGAGAUUGGCCUCAGGCUUUAUGGUUAAAGACGUUUUACACGCACACAAAAACACACACUAAAUCUGUGUUUUUACAUAAUUUAGAGUGUCAGGUGGAGUUUAUUUGUUUGUUGUUGUUGUUUUUUAUUGCAAACAUCUGAUAGACUUUUUUAUCUGAAAACUAUUUUUGUUGCAUUUAAUUUGUCAGAUAGGCUUCUCUGGAUGUAAAUAACUGAUUUGAAAAAUUAUUACAAACAUAAUACAUUGAUUACAUAAAGAAAUGUAGGUCUAUAAAUGUACAAAAACUAAAAGUAUAAAGAGGUUUUAUAAGGGCUUUAUUAUAAUUUAGUAAAGUGCAGAUGUUUCAAUUUGUAGUUUGCACAAACCAUAUUUAUUCUAUUUCAUUUAUGUUUGGAUGAGAGCAUUACACAACUUGUCUAUGCUGUUAUUUGUCAAAUUUGAUUGCUUUAAAUGCCAGACAAUACUAGUUUGAUUGAUAUCAACAACAAAAGAAACCUUUCUCCUCUCUUUCAAAAAUUUUAUUCUUAUUUAUUUUGCUACCCUAAAUAUGUACAUGUAUACAGUUAGUCACAUUUUAUUAUUGGCAUUAGGCAUUGUUUUUCCCUGCUAUUGUGUUAUAUAAAUGUAAUUGUAUUGUAUUUCCAUAAAUGGCACAUUACAGCAUUUCUUCAA